GCCGCACACCGCUGCCUGUGUCGCCGCCAGCGCCGCGGGGGCCAUGACCGUGGAGCAGAAUGUGCUGCAGCAGAGCGCGGCGCAGAAGCACCAGCAGACGUUUUUGAAUCAGCUGAGAGAAAUCACUGGGAUUAAUGAUGCCCAGAUACUACAGCAAGCCUUGAAGGAUAGUAAUGGAAACUUGGAAUUAGCGGUGGCUUUCCUUACUGCAAAGAAUGCCAAGACCCCUCAGCAGGAGGAGACAACUUACUACCAAACAUCACUUCCUGGCAAUGAUAGAUACAUCAGUGUGGGAAGCCAAGCAGACACAAAUGUGAUUGAUCUCACUGGAGAUGAUAAAGAUGAUCUUCAGAGAGCAAUUGCCUUGAGUUUGGCGGAAUCAAACAGGGCAUUCAGGGAGACUGGAAUAACUGAUGAGGAGCAAGCCAUUAGCAGAGUUCUUGAAGCCAGCAUAGCAGAAAAUAAAGCAUGUUUAAAGAGAACACCUACGGAAGUUUGGAGGGAUUCUCGAAACCCUUAUGAUAGAAAAAGGCAAGACAAAGCUCCUGUUGGACUGAAGAAUGUUGGCAAUACUUGCUGGUUUAGUGCUGUUAUUCAGUCAUUAUUCAAUCUUUUGGAAUUUAGAAGAUUAGUUCUGAAUUACAAGCCUCCGUCAAAUGCUCAAGAUUUACCCCGAAAUCAAAAGGAGCAUCGGAAUUUGCCUUUUAUGCGUGAGCUGCGGUAUCUAUUUGCACUUCUUAUUGGUACUAAAAGGAAGUAUGUUGAUCCAUCAAGAGCAGUUGAAAUUCUUAAGGACGCUUUCAAAUCAAAUGACUCCCAGCAGCAAGAUGUGAGUGAGUUUACACACAAAUUAUUAGAUUGGUUAGAAGAUGCCUUCCAAAUGAAAGCUGAAGAAGAGACGGAUGAAGAGAAGCCAAAGAACCCCAUGGUAGAGUUGUUCUAUGGAAGAUUCCUUGCUGUGGGAGUACUUGAAGGUAAAAAAUUUGAAAAUACUGAAAUGUUUGGUCAGUACCCGCUUCAGGUCAAUGGAUUCAAAGAUCUACAUGAGUGCCUAGAAGCUGCUAUGAUUGAAGGAGAAAUUGAGUCCUUACAUUCAGAGAAUUCAGGAAAAUCGGGCCAAGAGCAUUGGUUCACCAAACUACCACCUGUGUUAACAUUUGAAUUGUCAAGAUUUGAAUUCAAUCAGGCAUUGGGAAGACCAGAAAAAAUUCACAACAAAUUAGAAUUUCCUCAGGUGUUGUAUCUGGACAGAUAUAUGCACAGAAACAGAGAAAUAACAAGAAUUAAGAGGGAAGAAAUCAAGAGACUAAAAGAUUACCUCACAGUAUUACAACAAAGACUAGAAAGAUAUUUAAGCUACGGUUCGGGUCCCAAACGAUUCCCCUUGGUAGAUGUUCUACAGUACGCAUUGGAAUUUGCUUCAAGUAAACCUGUUUGUACAUCUCCCAUUGAGGAUAUUGAUGCUAGUUCCCCACCUAGUGGUUCCACACCACAGACAUUACCAAGCACAACAGAACAACAGGGAGCCCCUUCUUCAGAACUGCCAAGCACAUCACCUACAUCAAUAGCUGCCAUUUCAUCGAGAUCAGUAAUACAUAAACCAUUCACUCAGUCUCGGAUACCCCCAGAUUUGCCCAUGCAUCCAGCACCAAGACACAUAACAGAAGAAGAGCUUUCUGUGCUAGAAAGCUGUUUACAUCGCUGGAGGACAGAAAUAGAAAAUGACACCAGAGAUUUGCAGGAAAGCAUAUCCAGAAUCCAUCGAACAAUUGAACUAAUGUACUCUGACAAAUCUAUGAUCCAAGUUCCUUAUCGCUUACAUGCUGUUUUAGUUCAUGAAGGCCAAGCUAAUGCCGGGCACUACUGGGCAUAUAUUUUUGAUCAUCGUGAAAACAGGUGGAUGAAGUACAAUGAUAUUGCUGUGACAAAAUCAUCAUGGGAAGAGCUAGUGAGGGACUCUUUUGGUGGUUAUAGAAAUGCCAGUGCAUACUGUUUAAUGUACAUAAAUGAUAAGGCACAAUUCUUAAUAAAAGAGGAGUUAAAUAAAGAAACUGGGCAGGCUCUUGUUGGAAUAGAAACAUUACCACCGGAUUUAAGAGAUUUUGUUGAGGAAGACAACCAGCGAUUUGAAAAAGAACUAGAAGAAUGGGAUGCGCAACUUGCCCAGAAAGCUUUGCAGGAAAAACUUUUAGCAUCUCAGAAAUUGAGGGAGUCAGAGUCUUCUGUAACAACAGCACAAGCAGGAGAACCAGAAUAUCUAGAGCAGCCAUCAAGAAGUGAUUUCUCAAAGCACUUGAAAGAAGAAACUAUUCGAAUAAUUACCAAGGCAUCACAUGAGCAUGAAGAUAAAAGUCCUGAAACAGUUUUGCAGUCGAAACCUGAAAAUACCACAAGCCAACCACCUUCUAACCAGCAAGUUGUAGAGGUGGCGAUUCCCCAUGUAGGGAAAUUCAUGAUUGAGUCAAAGGAGGGGGGUUAUGAUGACGAGAUCAUGAUGACACCGAACAUGCAAGGUAUUAUCAUGGCGAUAGGUAAAUCCAGGAAUGUAUAUGACAGGUGUGGCCCUGAAGCAGGGUUCUUUAAGGCAAUUAAGUUGGAGUAUUCAAGAUUGGUUAAAUUGGCCCAAGAAGAUACCCCACCAGAAACAGAUUAUCGUUUACAUCAUGUAGUGGUCUAUUUUAUCCAGAACCAAGCACCAAAGAAAAUCAUUGAGAAAACAUUGCUAGAACAAUUUGGAGAUAGAAACUUGAGUUUUGAUGAAAGGUGUCACAACAUAAUGAAAGUUGCUCAAGCCAAACUUGAAAUGAUAAAACCUGAAGAAGUAAACUUGGAGGAAUAUGAGGAGUGGCAUAAGGAUUAUAGGAGAUUCAGGGAAACAACCAUGUAUCUCAUAAUUGGGCUAGAAAAUUUUCAAAAAGAAAGUUAUAUAGAUUCCUUGCUGUUCCUUAUCUGUGCUUAUCAGAAUAACAAGGAACUCUUGUCCAAAGGCCCAAACAGAGGACAUGAUGAAGAAUUGAUAUCACAUUAUAGAAGAGAAUGUUUACUAAAAUUAAAUGAGCAAGCAGCAGAACUGUUUGAAUCUGGAGAGGAUCGAGAAGUAAACAAUGGUCUGAUUAUCAUGAAUGAGUUUAUUGUCCCAUUUUUGCCCUUGUUAUUGGUGGAUGAAAUGGAAGAGAAAGAUAUACUUGCUGUGGAAGACAUGAGAAAUCGAUGGUGUUCCUAUCUUGGACAAGAAAUGGAAUCAAACCUCCAAGAGAAGCUGACAGAUUUUCUGCCAAAACUGCUCGAUUGUUCUACUGAGAUUAAAGGUUUCCAUGAGCCACCGAAGUUACCUUCAUAUUCCACACAUGAACUCUGUGAGCGGUUUGCCCGAAUCAUGUUGUCCCUCAGUCGAACUCCUGCUGAUGGAAGAUAAACUGCACACACUUUCCCUAAACACACUGUAUAAACUUUUUUUAGUUCUUAACCCUUGCCUUCCUGUCACAGGGUUUGCUUGUUGCUGCUAUAGUUUUUAACUUUUUAUUUUAAUAACUGCAAAAGACAAAAUGACUAUACAGACUUUACCCAGACUGCAAACAAUAAAGCUGAGAAUCGCAUGGCGCUCAGACUUUGUUUUAACCAGAACUGAUGUAUAAUUACAAAUCUGAUUGAUUUCAUUAUGGCAAAACCAUGCUUUUGCCACCUUCCUGUUACAGUAUUAUGUUUGUUUUUAUCUUUUCUUUAUCUACAGCUUUCCAUUCAGUCUGGAUCCUUCCACGACUACAGCCAUUUAAGUGUUCAGCACUGUGUACACGAUACAUAAUACUUGGUAGCUUGUAAAUGAAAUUAAAGAAUAAAGUUUUAUUUAUGGCUACCUACGUGUUUGUAAGCAGGUAUAUUGUAUAUUAGUGUAUCAUUUUAGUUAUAUAUAAGUGAAUUUUGUCUGGGGAUUGUGUAAGAUCGGAUGAAUAGAUGAAUAGAUUAAUACAAACUUUUAAUUUUUCUCUGUUAGCACAUUGGAAAUUUACUAAGUAUUUGACACUUAAAUAUAUCUAUAUUUUUGACUAAGUUGUUAAACUCAGUAUGGCACCUAAACCUGUUUUGAAUUCAAAUCAGGUUUUCACUGAAGUGAGCGGCUGAUAUUUAAGUCAACCACACUGAAACUUAACUUUUUCUUAGAUUAACCUUUUAUUUUUUUAUGUAUUUACAAAUAAUAUAGCAAGGUGAUUAUUUCAAGAGAUACCAGAAAAAAGUACUUGAAUAAGGGCUAUUUAAUAGUGAAACUUAUAAAAAAUCUGUAUAUGUAUAUACACACACAUACACACACAUUCUUCAUAAUAGAGGACAAUGUUUUGCAUUAUAUAAUCAUUCUAUUUUUGUAAAUUGUAUACCACUUUAAUUGAAAAUGUUCUCUACUAAUCAAUGCUGUGAAAUGAAGUUGAUAUUGUUGAACUAGAAAUUACGAAUAUCUUUCCCUGCUUUUAUUUUCCUCCUUUUCAAAAAGAAAAAGCUGUAGAACAUUUUGUAGAUGGAACUGCUGUUUAAGAUUAAUGAAGUCAUAUUGUGAAUGAAAAUCAAUGCUUUAAAGGUAAUCAUGUUACCAAUAACCUAUUUUUGAAUUUAUAAAAAUUUCUUUAUAAACGAUACUUUGUUAGCAUAGUAAAAU